AUGCCUCAAAAUAGACCGAAAGUGUCUAUUACCACACAUGAUUCCUUAUUUCUAUUAUGUUAUUCAGAAGUACCGAAUACGAAACAAUUACAAAACGAAAGUUUUGAACUUCUGUCUGAAUUGAAGCAGUUUACUAUUAAUGUUCAUAUCGAUAUACCUUCUAUUGACUUUUAUAAUGACCAAGUCGGUAAUAUAAAGUUAUCAAAUUUUAAUAGAAAAUUUAAGAUUAAUAAUAUGAAACAGAGUAUUUUUGAAUCGUUUACCAAUAACAAUAAAGAAUUUUGGUCGAGAAUAAACAACUCGGCAAGUAAAUAUGUUAAUGUAUUUGUCAACAUUAUAUCUUCAGGUUCGUUAAGAUACGUAGAGACAAUACGUUAUUUAAUAGAAUCCACUUUUAAUAAAUUACAAAUUUCUAAAAAUAAGCACAUUAAUUUAUCUUUUAAAGUUCAAGUGACACCAACAUCACAUAAAUGGUUCAAGACAUUUAUUAGAAAUGAUUCGAUUUUAAAUAUAAUUCAAUUUAAAGAGAUUGAUCCUAUCACAAUUUCUAAUUCAGAAAGUUCACCCUUUAAGAAUUACUAUAAUCAAUUAAAUUCGAAAUUUGCAUAUUCCAAUGAUGAAAAUUUAGAUUCCAAUUUAGACACCAUAUUAAUCAUAACCAACAAAACAGGGAUUAAAGCAUUAUUAACGAUUUUAUCAGAUAGACCCAUUGCUUCGUAUUUAUCAAAGGAGUCAUUAAACAAUCUAACAUUAUUAAAGAAAAAUUCACAGCAUCAUCAUCAUAACCAUCCACCAAUUAAAAAUAUUCACUCAAUAGAAUCUCCUGCUACCUCUCCUUCACCGCCUGCUUAUUAUUUCCCACAAAAAUCACCAGAUCCUUCAUACAAUAACAAUUGUGCUAUUUCUUCAGACGAUGAUAAUGAACUAGGUGAUAAUCCCAAAUUGAAAAGAGAAUCAUCUUCAAUCUUAUCAUUCCAAAAUAAUAUCAUAACUUCGAAUAAGGACAAAUCUGUGAGGAUUAGGUCUUUCUCAAUGAAUACUACUCAUACUUCUCCAACUAUUUUAAAUUCAAAUCAUUUUACCUUAUCAAAUAAUACAAGAUUCGUGCACUCGCCAUAUUCUUCGAUCUCAUCCAUAUUGACAGACACUCCUCAAACAAAUUACGAAAAUAUUAAUUCAGAUUUUGACAGUGAAUAUGAAAAUGAUGAUGAGAAUACAACUUUAAUUCAAGAAGAACAAAAUAUCAUUGAAGAGGAUGAUGAAGAUGACGAUGAAGAAAAUGAUAGUCCAAUAAGCUUUGACGUUCCUUCCAAAUUAUCUGCCUCACCAUCGGUAAGUGAUUUAGUUCAAUUUGAUUUGGAAUCCCGUGUAACAGAUGGUAAUCCUAAUAAUAAAAGUAUAAAGAAAUCAAGAUUUAGAUCAUUAAGUUUGAUGGAUCCUGCUUUAAAGAAACCAUUUACACAAGCUUCACCUCCUAUUAAUGAAUAUCAUACAUCCCCAAAUACUAAUGGUAACAUGUCUCCUAAAAUUCCAGUCAUUCCCACUAAUUUGCAUAAAAAUAACUUCAUAACUCCAAAUAAUUCAUUUACGAGUAUCCAAAACAUAAACCAUCAUAAAAAUUCAAAUUCAGAUUUAAAUUCGCAAACCGUUAAUCAUAUUCCUUCCAAUAUUAAUAUUCAUGAUGGACAAUUUGAUGAAAAUGAUAAUUAUAAUACAACACAUAACGUUACUUCUUCCUCAUCAAUAUAUUCUCAUCAAAGAAAAAGAUCAAGCCAAUCGAAUAAAAUUAAAAUGUCUUCAAACCAUGGCUCAAAUAAUAGUUUAAUCCCCCCUGAGUUUUAUUCCAGAAUAUCAACUCCUUCAACCAGUAAUAAUAGCUCCAACUCAUCUUUGUAUAAUUUAACUUCUCAUAAUAAUUCUACAAACAAUACAUUAAUAAAUAAUAAUUUCAAUAAUAAUCUAACUAAUAUGAAAUCUGCUUCCCCAAAUCCAACUUCUCUAAUGAAAUGGUUAACUAAUGAUAUAAUAUCACCCACACCUACUCAUUUACAACAAGUAAAUCAAUUAUGUUCAAAUUCAAACCCAAACUCAAACUCAAAUUCAAAUUCAAAUUCAAACUCAAAUUCUAACACAAAUUUAAAAAAUAACUCAACAAAUAGAUCUGCUACUAAUUUAAAUUCUAUAUUCGAAAAACAUUUACUUAAUAAAUCUUUUGAAGCAAUUAGAAAACAACAAGCAAAUCAAUUGUUUACCUCUUUAAUUAGUGGUAAUAAUACAAAUUCAAAUGUUUUAGCAAUAAAUUUCCAUAAUUCUCUAGGCAAUAGUAGCAUUAAUGCUCAUACAAUUAACCGUCAACACUUAAUGGAACUAGAUGAAGAAGAUAGAUUGAUGUCAGGCUAUACCACUCCACAAUAUUUAGAUGGUACCAAUAGUUUACAUUCAGCUCAAGAUCAAGAUGUUGUUUUAAAUUCCCCAGGUUCCUCAGUCUCUUCAAAUACUACAACUACAAUUGCCACGAACUCUGUUUCAACAGUAAAUUCAAACAAUAUGAAAACUGCAAGGAAAAGAUAUCAAUCUGCAUCCACUAUUAAGAAUGAUACAUUGCAUAUAACUAAUUCUUACUCUUGUAUUAAUGAUGAAAGAAAUUUUGAUUCUUCAAAUCAAAAUGCUAAUACUACUACUAAUAAUAAUGCUAGCAACACUAAUACAGAUGCAUAUACUAAUAUCAAUUCUUCAUUGACUAAUAAUUUAAAUAUUCAAUUGAAAAACAUUUUAUAUGGUAAUAAUAGCGAAGAAGAUGGUUUGAAUGAUACGCCUAAAUCAAAAAAGGAGGACAAAUCAACCAUCAAUGCUGAUACAUCAAAUGAAAAGCAAAAUAAUAAUGAUGAUAAUGAGCCGAAAAAUUAUAGACCUUUAGUUUCAUUAAACUUAUAUGGUACCGAUGACAGUGAAGAUUCUGCAUGGAUGCUAUUUGGUAAUACACGGUAA